AUGAGCGACAGGAACAGCUUUCUCGGCUCUAUCAAGGGCUCCAUUAAGGACAAGCUCUCCAGAUCCCCCAGCAAUGCAUCUCAGGGGUCGACCAGACAGCCUCGCCAUCAGCCUCAGCCGCAGGUACAGCCCGUGAGGCUCUCAGCAGGUGCUACCUCUGGCCAGGGCAUCAGCGCCAACCCCUUCUCCAAUCCUUUCUCCACUGCUUCUCCUCCCACCCAAGUACCUCACAAUGAGCCUCCUCCGGCAUAUACUAGUGCGCCCACCGGCGGAGCCAGCGCCUACCCAUCCGCACCGUCCCCGGCCUAUACCGCGCGGGAUCCAAGCCCCACGCCGUCCAGGCUUUCUGCCAUCACCGUCACUACCCCGGAGGAUCAAUAUGCCUUCCUGAGCUCUUUCGACACCAUCUUCCUCGUCGAUGACAGCGGCAGCAUGGUGGGCCGGUCCUGGCGGGAAGUCCAGUCAGCCCUCUCGUCCAUUACCCCCAUCUGUACCGCCCACGAUGCCGACGGUGUCGACAUCUACUUUCUGAACCACCGGUCGCCCUACCCCGCCAGCCAGUCUCAAGGCAAGGCCUCGGGCGGAUAUGCCAACGUGAAAGACGUCUCCGCCGUGGACCGCAUCUUCACCUCUGUCCGUCCUGGCGGCAUGACGCCCACCGGAACCCGGCUCAACCACAUCCUGAAGGCCUAUCUCCGCCACUACGAGGCGGCCGUGGAGCGAGCCGGCGGCGACCCGGAUGCCACAGAUGUGAAGCCCAUCAACGUCAUCAUGAUCACCGACGGCGUGCCGUCCGACGACCCAGAGUCCGUCCUGCUGUCUGUCGCCCAGAAGCUCGACCGCCUGGAGGCCCCGCCACACCAGAUCGGCGUGCAGUUUUUCCAGGUUGGCAACGAGCCCGGUGCGGCUGACGCCCUUCGGACCUUGGACGAUGAUCUGGCCGAGAUGGGUGGUGGUGUGCGGGACAUGGUUGAUACCGUUUCUUUAUCACAAACCACCCUGAGCGGAGAUGGAAUACUCAAGGUGGUCCUCGGGGCCGUUGUGAAGAGACUCGAUCGUGCUAGGAUCAUGGAUGCGGAGCGGAGAAGCCAGAGGAGCGGCAGGAGCGGCAUGUUGCGUCCCUAG